UUUGUUCGACUUUCAAACGCUCUUAAUUCUUCUUUGGCCCCAUCUGGCUCCAUUACCUUUCCCAUAACCCUUGAUCCUCAAAUCAAUACCCUCGCCCUAUCUCGUGAAUAAAUUUUUUUUUCUGAGAUAUUGUCUCGUUGAGGGUCUCCUUUUCUCUCGAGAGUGGAAAGGGCAUUAAACCCACGACCCCCCUAAUCACCACCCCUUUCAUAAUCAUCUGCAGGGUCUCACUUCUAGUCGGCUGCGAAGCUGUGCGGUGGCGGGCCUUUUACCUGGCAUUAUUAUAUUAUUAAACUAGCCAGCUCCGCUGUUUCCAGAACAAUCCCUGGAUUCGGUUGCUUCUAAGCUGCUGGACCUUUGCUAACCCUAAUGGUUGUCUCCGACCAACUCGGAUCUAAAUGCAUUAGUUGAGUGGGUGGGAUUUUUUUUUUCUUUUGCUUGUUCGCUAUUGUCUGAGAUUGCCCAGAAGCUGGCUCUUGGAGAUGUUCCACACGUUUGAAGGUUUCGAAAAUCCAAACAGCUCGGCCCCAGCCCGAAGUCGUGGUGAGCGCCAGCAAUCCGUCGGCCGGCGCGUCACCACUCUUCGAGCCUGUACUUCCUGCAGGCACCGCAAGAUCAAAUGUGAUGGCGAAAAACCGUGUGAAGCUUGCCGGUGGUAUAAGAAAGCCGAUCAGUGUCAUUAUGCAGAUCCCCGGCCCUCUCGGAGACAUGUGGAAAAACUGUCCACUGCCCUGGAUGAGUAUCGGGGCGUGCUCGAGAAACUCUUCCCCAAUAUCGAACCCGAGAAUCUAGUCAACUUGCCUCGUGAAAAGCUCUUGGAGUUGACGGGCAAGGGAUCCCAGCUGCAUUCGCAGUCGCCCCACCCAGCUUCGCCAGCUACCUCUGCAUCGGUCGAAGCUCAUGUGUCUCCCGUCUCCAACGAAGAUGGCAAUCUGGAAUCUCUCCAGACGAUGCCGGAAGAAUCCAACGAUAGCCAGAACUCGGGGUAUACAGAAUUCCCGAAUAACUUUUCUGACGACGUCAAUGCCUUGUCGCUCUCUUCGAGACAGCCUUCCUCUUAUCUCGGGGUGUCGUCCAUCAAUGCUGUUCUCAAAGUGAUUCUCUGUCUUGACCCUGCUGCCCUAUCUUACUUCUCCCGCCCCCCGGCGAGCAUGGGCCAUCGUGAUUGCGGCCUGGAAUACUCUCCACCAGAGACCCAAACAUGGCCCGUUCAAGACUCUCACCAACCGAUAACACCUCCACAACGCCAUCAAACUGUGACGGAGACGCAGCUGUUAGACGCUUACUUUACUUACUGUCAGCCCUUCGUGCCUAUGUUGGAUGAGCAGUCCUUCCGCGAGAUCUAUCAUUCGGGAUGCAGAAAGGACGAGCGUUGGCUCGCCUUGCUAAACGCGGUGCUUGCCCUUGGCAGUAUUGCAGCGUACCCAUCAAAUGACAUGACUCACACGAUUUACGCCCAGCGCUGUAAGAGCUACUUGAAUUUAGAAUCGCUUGGCUCCUCACAUAUAGAGACCAUCCAGGCCCUCGGCCUUUUGGGAGGGCAGUAUCUCCACUACGUCAGCCAGCCAAAUCUGGCGUAUUCGCUCAUGGGAGCUGCGUUGCGCAUGGCUGCGGCUUUGGGACUGCACAAAGAAUUUGCACAAAACCAGGAUGGGCAGUGUAAGCAGAACAUUUCUUCAGCGGAUGUUAAACGGCGGGUGUGGUGGUCGUUGUUUUGUUUGGACACCUGGGGCUGUAUGACUCUGGGACGACCAAGCAUGGGGCGGUUCGGACCAACGAUUACCGUUAAGCUGCCGCAGUACCGUGAAAGGGGAAAUGUUCUCGACAUCAUACCGCUUUUGGAAAACGUCCGGUUCUGCAAAAUUGCGACGCAGAUCCAAGAAAUCCUAGCUACAGCACCGUUGACAAGGUAUCACGAAAUGUCACACUUUGAUAACCAGCUACUGGAAUGGUACGAGAACCUUCCUUAUAUACUCAAAGACCACGAACCAUGCUCGAAGUCAAUCGUCAUCACGAGGACGGUUAUGAAAUGGCGCUACUACAAUCAGCGCAUGCUUAUCUACCGCCCAACUCUGCUAAGUUAUGCCAUGCGCCGGGUUCCGUACAUUGCUCUUCGAUUGGAAGAACGGACGGCGAUUGAACGUUGCCGCCAGAUCGCGGAGGCCACCAUUCAAGAUAUUUCCUCCACCGCUCAGUCACAUCAGAUGUCGGGCUGGAGCGCUGUUUGGCUCAUAUUCCAGGCAGUCAUGGUACCCCUAUUGGGACUAUUCCUUAAUGAUAAUACAACCAGCGACCCCAGAGCUACUGUUACCAGUUGUCAAUCUCAAGUUGAGAUGGCUAUGCUUGUUUUGGCACGACUGGAGCAGUGGAGCCCGACCGCAAAGCGGACGUUAGAUGCUGUAUCGCGGAUCUUAGAGGCUAGCAAAAGAGGGUCCAGUAUGGAUAACGAGGCUAGCAUCGUCAACAGCAUGUAUACUAUUUCACGUGAAGGUACUUUAGCACGAACGGCCUUGGGGGUGCUUCCAUUCCAAAGCGAUUUUGGCCGAGGCGUUACCCUCAUGAACGAGGCUGGCUUUUCAGAUCCGUUUGCAGCCCCUGUCAUCGAUGAUUCAACAGCCCAAUAUUUAUGGGACUUCCUGAGCUGGAGUGAUAGUAGCUUAUGGCCGGGAAUAACGGACAUGAACAAUUUCAACGACGAAGCGCUGUUCGCCCAAGCUGACAAAACUAUGAAAUAUACCAACAACGGGCCGACAUUCUUGGGGGGCUCUAUGGGUGAUAACGCCUAUUUUGCAAACCCACCUUUACCCUAUUACUAACCAAUCCGAAACCUGAAUAUACUAAACCCUUCUGGCUAAGGGUGCUAUUGCUUUCUCGUGAUGUUCAUC